AUGAGUUUGCAUAAUUUUAUUCGUCAACACAAUAUUCGAGAUCCUGACUUUGACAAUAUCAAGAAUGUUACUGUACAAGCACAACAUGUUCAGAAUGAUGAGGAGGAGAACAAUGACGGUGUUAGAGUUGAAGAAGCAUCUGAAGCGGGAUCGUAUAUGCGGAUAGUUCGUGAUCAAAUUGCUCAGCACAUGUGGUCAGAUAUUCGACGUGGAUCUCAUCAUCGUCAUUAG